AUGCACGGAAAGAGGGAGAGAGCGAGGCUGUCAAGUAACGAUGAACACAUUGGCGACGAUGUGGACGAUGCUGAAGGCUUGAGACAUAUUGUCGGGAACUGGAUGCCACGUCGUCCUGAUGGAUUUCUCACCGGUGGAGAAAAGAGGAAGUCCUGGACGGUGAGGAUCUUCUUGAUGUCAGUGUUCACCAAUCAGGAGAAAGAGAAUGAGAAAGUGAACUUGAAUGACCGCUGUGAACAGGAGUGGAGGGUGCAAUUCAAAAGGAAACCAUAG